GGAUAAAGCACUACUGAAACAUCAAGGAGUCUGGUGGCACCUUAAAGACUAACAGAUUUAUUUGGGCAUAAGCUUUCGUGAGUUAAAACCUCACUUCUUCGGAUGCGUCUCUUCCUGCCUUCUAUUCACAUUUUAAUCUAGGGCUAUAUCUGAAGAAAAGCUUCUCAAAAGAAAGAUUUAAAAACUGAAGAGCUUGACCUACCAGUGCCACAUCAUCACCAAUGGUAUACAAAUGCAAACACUAAAAAAUUCAGAAUAGCUAACAACAAAAGCACAACAUGACUUCAGUGCUUCAGAAUGAAGAAGCACAAUAUUGCUUUGAGAAUAUUAAUGGAUCUUGCCAUAAAACAUCGUGGUCUUCUGGAAUCCGGAUAACUUUGUAUGUUGUGCUUGGUUUUCUGACAAUUCUUACACUAGGUGGAAACCUAAUGGUAAUGAUUUCAAUUGCUUAUUUCAAACAGCUUCACUCUCCUACAAAUAUCUUGCUCGCCUCCUUGGCAUGUGCUGAUUUUUGUUUGGGUCUGACUGUGCUGCCCUUCAGCAGUAUAAGAUCUGUCGAAACAUGCUGGUAUUUUGGGGAAACAUUCUGUAGAUUCCAUAGUUCUUUAGAAGUAUCUUUUUGUUAUUCAUCAAUAUUUCACUUAUGUUUCAUCUCUGUUGAUCGCUAUGUUGCUGUUACUGAUCCUCUAAUUUAUCCUCUCAAGUUCACAGUGCCAGUUUCAGGCAUGUUCAUAGCUGUUGCCUGGAUAUUUUCAUUAGUAUUCAGUUUUUCUGUUGUCUUCACUGGGGCUAAUGACAAAGGGAUACAAGAAUUAGUAAAUGCCCUCUCCUGUGUAGGGAGCUGUCAGAUUCUCUUCAACAAAACAUGGGUGGCUGUAACCUCCCUCCUUUAUCUAAUACCUUUUUUUACAACGAUAGCACUUUACAGCAAGAUCUUUGCUGUGGCUAAACGACAAGCUAGAAUGAUAGAGAUGAUGAGCAACAACACCCAGUCGUCUGACACUUACAGUGACAGAGUUAGCAAAAGAGAAAGGAAAGCUGCUAAAACCAUUGGUAUUGCUGUGAUUGCUUUUGUGGUAUUCUGGUCACCUUAUUCUAUAACUGUAAUAACUGAUGCUUUUUUUAACUUCAUAACACCACCCCUUGUCUUUGACAUUGUGGUUUGGUUCACUUAUUCCAACUCUGCCAUUAAUCCUUUGAUUUACUCUGUCUUUUAUCCUUGGUUUCGUAAAGCAAUGAAAGUGAUUGUGAGCUGUAAAAUGCUCCGACUUGAUUGUUCAACAAUGAAUUUAUUUCCAAACUGAAAACCUAUCCAAUCCUGCACAGAGCUACUCACCUCACACUUCACAGUCAUUCCCCUUUUCAUAAAAUCUGGCUGUGUAUUUUUUUUUCUGGAUGAAAUAUUUCAUCUUGAUUUUAUACUUUGUACAGCUAGUUAUCAUUGUGAAAAACUGGUUUAUCAUGUAAUAUCAAGACAAUUUAUUUACAGAUACUGUUAAUUUAAUACUAGCUUAUGGUAGGAAACAAUAAUAGAGCAAUGUCCAUUGGUUGUAAUUGUGGAACUGAGAAGAUAAAAUGAUAAAAAAUGGUAAAAAAAGAAAGAUCAAAAAUUAGUUUUUCAGUGAAAUUCAUCUCUAUGUGUUAGGAAGUACUAACAA